GGAGGAAGAAAGUAUAAUGACAGUCGAGAAAUUCAUCGGGAGAGAGUUAUUUUCCUCGGACAACAAUGGCUUCCUUUGGGACAAACUGAAAUCCCCUUUACUUACCAUUAAAAGUAAUACUUACUGAUUCAAGAAAAUGGCAGUGUCAGCUCAUUCGCUACUAAAAUCAAUGCUUCUCCUCAGACUUCCAAUCACAACCAACACCAUUGUUCCUACCCGCAUAUCUCGUCCAUCUUCUUCUCCUUUAAAUUUGAUCUCUUGCCAUUAUCUCAACGCUUCUAACAGAACCAAAUCAAGACAUUUUCAUUCACCAACCUUGUACACAAGAACUGCAGAAACCCCAAAAAAACACUUAAUUUGCUUCAAUUAUAACACUUCUGCAAGUCAUGGUAAUGUUACAAACUACUUAGAAUUGACAGAUGAUGAACUGAUGAGACAGUGUGAGAUGGACACGUUCAAGGCCUCAGGCCCAGGUGGUCAGCACCGUAACAAGCGUGAGUCUGCUGUCCGUCUCAAGCACCUUCCUACUGGGAUUAUUGCUCAGGCUGUUGAGGACCGAUCACAGCAUAUGAAUCGUGCUUCGGCUUUGAAACGCCUGCGCGCUCUAUUAGCUAUCAGAGUUAGGAACAGUUUGGAUAUUGAUUCGUAUACACCUCCAUUGGAACUGCUUCAAAUUCUUCCUCUUAAAUCAACAAUCAGAGGAUCAGAUUGUGGUCCACAAAUUGGACCCAAGAAUCCUAAAUUUAUCUUGGGAAUGCAAGCGUUGCUGGAUCUAAUCUUUGCUGUUGACGGCUCUAUAUCGGAAGCAGGGAAAUUACUAGGGUUAAGCACAGGGGCUCUGUCACGUUUGAUACUAUCAGAUGAUUCUCUUAGGAUGGCAGUGAAUGAUUUGAGGAAUUCGAAGGGUUUAAAGCCUCUAAGGUAGGGCUUUCCAGAGGCUACUUACAUUCAGGGCUGUUGGCAGUGUGUGCAGACCUUUCAUCUGCUCCUGGAGGGUGCAUGCAUGGAUAAUGAGAUCGGACAAUUUCAACAAUCAUAAUUGUCGAGUGAAAUUCUCGUUUUUGUUACAAGUAAGCUUAGCACAUCGUCAUAUCUGUCUUUAUUCAUAAUAAAAAUAUUGAGCAUUGACCAUUGUAGUCGGGCUUGUUCUAUAAUUAUUCGCUUUGUAUCUUGUACUUGCUAGCCUGGAAAUGUAUUCUCACAAGUUGGUUUUGACCCCAGACAAUAUCCAACUUGAGUUGGGGAAUAUAGAGGAUAAAAAAGAAUCGUUUCAUUCCCAAAUACAACCUGUCAAUUCACCCUUUGAUGAAGGUUUUCAGAAUAUAGAAAUUCAUGAUAUUAUUUGAUUUGAUGGAA